AUACAUAUGCGGCGUACAUUUGGUGGUGGAAUUCAGACACAUUUUAAAUUGCAGAAUUUUAAUAAAAAUCCAAAAUGCUUAAACAAAAACAAAUAAAACCAUCGAAACUGUUCGUUAUAAAACGCGAUGGAAGGCAAGAGGAGGUUCAUUUUGAUAAAAUCACCUCCAGAAUCCAAAAGCUAUGCUAUAAUUUAAAUAUGGAUUUUGUUGACCCGGUGUCAAUUACUCUGAAAGUUAUAAACGGUUUGUACUGCGGCGUAACAACUCAAGAACUAGAUAGCCUUGCUGCUGAAAUCGCCGCAGGCUUAACCACAAAUCAUGCAGACUACGCCAUUUUAGCCGCCAGAAUUGCAGUUUCCAAUCUCCAUAAGGAGACGAAAAAAGUAUUUUCUGAUGUUUUCGAGGAUCUUUUUAAAAAUAUCAAUAAGGAGACAAACUCUUCAGCACCUAUGGUGUCAGAGUUUCAUUAUAAUAUCGUCAAAAAGAAUGCGGAUCGCUUAAACUCAGCUAUAAUUUAUGAUCGGGACUUUGGAUACAACUAUUUUGGAUUUAAAACGCUUGAACGUUCAUAUUUAUUGAAGAUAAAUGGGAAAAUUGCUGAACGCCCACAGCAUAUGUUAAUGCGUGUGGCCAUUGGAAUACAUGGCGAAGAUAUCGAUGCGGCAGUUGAAACGUACAACUUGCUUUCCGAGCGAUAUUUCACCCAUGCUUCGCCAACACUUUUCGCGGCAGCUACAAAUCGGCCGCAACUGUCGUCGUGUUUUCUUCUUACGAUGGUGGCUGAUUCAAUUGAAGGAAUAUUUAAAUCCGUCGAACAAUGCGCAAUGAUAUCCAAAUCAGCUGGUGGAAUCGGGAUAAACGUUCACUGCAUUCGUGCUAAAGGUACUUCGAUCUGUGGAACUAAUGGAACUUCAAAUGGUUUGGUGCCAAUGCUAAGAGUUUUUAACAACGUGGCUCGCUAUGUUGACCAGGGAGGUGGAAAGCGUCCUGGUGCCUUUGCAAUUUAUUUAGAACCUUGGCAUUCAGACGUGUUUGAAUUUUUAGACUUAAAAAAAAACACUGGCAAGGAGGAAAAUCGUGCCCGAGAUCUUUUCUAUGCUUUAUGGAUACCAGAUCUUUUUAUGAAGCGUGUUGAAGCUAAUGAGGAUUGGUCAUUGAUGUGCCCACAUAAAUGUCCUGGCUUACAUGAUGUUUGGGGAGAAGAGUUUGAUAAACUCUAUGUCAAAUAUGAACAGGAAGGCCGUGCUAAUCGAACAAUUAAAGCGCAAUCUCUGUGGUUUGCUAUAAUUGAGUCUCAAGUAGAAACUGGUACUCCAUAUAUGCUGUUCAAAGAUUCCUGUAAUCGCAAAAGUAAUCAACAAAACGUUGGAACCAUUAAAUGCAGCAAUUUAUGUACCGAAAUUGUGGAGUAUUCCGCCCCUGAUGAAAUUGCUGUUUGCAACUUAGCUUCCAUAGCCCUCAAUAUGUUUGUCACUCCCGAAAAAAAAUACGACUUUAAAAAAUUGAAAGAUGUAACAAAGAUUGUUACAAAAAACUUGAACAAAAUAAUUGAUAUCAACUUUUAUCCUCUACCAGAGGCUAAAAAAUCGAACUUAAGGCACCGUCCUAUUGGAAUUGGUGUUCAGGGCUUUGCCGAUGCACUGAUCUUAAUGCGGUAUCCUUACGAAAGCGAUGAGGCAUCUCUUCUAAACCAGCAGAUUUUCGAGACAAUAUAUUUUGGAGCGCUCGAGGCAAGUUGCGAGCUCGCACAAGAACAUGGCUACUACGAAACAUAUGAAGGCAGCCCAGUGAGUAAAGGUAUUUUACAGUAUGACAUGUGGAAUAAAACUCCAACAGAUUUAUGGGACUGGAAUACACUUAAAACGUCAAUUAAGAAACACGGCGUUCGCAAUUCUUUGCUUAUUGCACCAAUGCCUACAGCAUCCACUGCCCAAAUAAUGGGUAAUAAUGAAUCCUUCGAGCCGUACACAUCUAAUAUUUACACCAGACGGGUGUUAUCUGGUGAAUUCCAAGUAGUAAAUCAUCACCUACUACGAGAUUUGACAGAAUUGGACCUAUGGGAUGACGACAUGAAGAACCAAAUAAUAUCAAGCCGUGGUUCUAUUCAAAACAUUGAUUCUAUUCCUCAACACGUCCGAGACUUGUACAAGACCGUAUGGGAAAUCUCCGUUAAAUCAACAAUAAAAAUGGCUGCUGAUAGGGGUGCUUUUAUAGAUCAAAGUCAGUCCUUUAAUAUUCACGUGGCAGAGCCCAACUAUGGAAAACUGACUUCGAUACAUUUUUACUCAUGGAAGGCUGGGCUUAAAACAGGAAUGUAUUACUUGCGAACAAAACCUGCUGCAAACGCUAUUCAGUUUACUGUUGACAAAAGUCGCAUUAUUUCAAAUAACGCUGAAAAUGAUUCAAUUGUUCAAAAUGUGUCAUUUAAAGAAGAAAACUUAUCCCCGGAAAAACUUAGCUUGGAACGUGAGCGAAAGAUGGCUGAAAUGGUCUGUUCUCUGGAGAAUAAAGACGCCUGCAUGUCAUGUGGUUCUUAGAUUUCAUAAUUUUAAACAACUAUUUACUUAAACCAAAUUAAACACUUGCAGUGCUUUAUAUUUAUUUAUUCAGUGUCUUUCAAACACUUGUGAAAGAAUUUAAUAAUAAAUGAAAUUCUGAAACUG